AUGUCUGUCUCGCACGCAAAUAGCCCCUCCCAGGGCACUCCUCGACGUAUCCUAGGAGACCUCACGCCCAAGGCACUGAACACGCCUUCGAAACGCGCCGACCUGUCCGAAAACACGCGAGCACAUAGCCCGUUGAAGCAGAUGCAGACCCUCUCGCCACAGCUCUUCGGAGACAAGGAAAAUGCCUUGAACAGUGCGGUGAAGGGCAGGAAGAGGAGUAUUAACGAAGUGGAUGACGCGGAGCGCAUCGAUGCGAAGGUCAGGGUAGGAGGGAGCGCGAGUGGAAACAUGGGACUGAGCGCGGCUGCAAUGCGCCUGCACACGAGUAAUACCACCAGCGACCUCCCAGUGCCGGGUUCUCCCACGGAGCGCAACUCGCCAACGCCAGAACCUGAGCAUAUGCAUGAGGCGGUCAACUCGCAAGAUACGCAGGGCACCAACAACUCCUUCUCGGCACUGAUCGACUUCGAUCUAUGCGCCAGCCAGAACAGCGUCCAAGCGCCCGCGUCACGCGCACCGUCACCCCCUUCGCCCGUGUUGGAAGAGAAUAAUUCCAGGGCGGACCUGCUCCGCACGAGACUAUGCUUCGGUAUCUACAAAGUCAAGACGAAUCAAGUGACGAAGAGCGGCAGCGAUAUCAUAUCGACAUGGGAGUCGUCAUUCUACCACGCAACAGACGCGUCCACUUCCAUGGCCAUAACAUCUUUCGAUGGAUCAAAAGACGUGCAUCAAGUGCCCGAUAUUACUAUAUCCUCAGCCAGACGCGACCAUCAACCAGUAUUCGUAAAAGCGAAUCUCGAUCCUUUCCGUCCCAUCGGCAACCUAAAGCUCACGCCUGCGCCUGUCCUCCUGCCGACCGCUACCUCUUCGCGCAUAUUACAUGAUUAUGACAUGCCCUCGUCUCCACCACAAGUCAUCUCCCCCGAGCAGCUCAGAUCUCCAGUGAAGCAAAGACUAGACUACGCGACGCCAGUGAACCAGAGCCCGCGAUCAGAGCGGGCGGAAGAUGAUGUAGGAGAUGGAAGCGCGCAAAGUGGGCUGAGGAAAUUGCAGAGAUUUCAAGAAGGCGAGCUGACGAGCUCUGCGGUGAAGGGCAAUGCUGCGAAAGGGCUGAUGCAGCUGAUGGCUGGAAAGCGGUAG